UCUCUCUCUCGCUCUCUCGUCGGGCGCGCGUCAUUUUCUUGCGGUUGCUGGCUGGUCAGUGAGGCCCUUGUGAGAGGGAGGAGCUGCGAUCGAUGGGAGACUCGGCAAGAGUCUUCUCCGAGCCCGUCGAUGGUGGAACCGACAUCUACAGCUGCCCGUCCUCCUCCGCUGAUCAUCUCGUGGUGAUGGUCCACGGAAUCCUUGGAAGUGUCGCUGAUUGGGAAUUUGGAGCCAACCAGUUUGUUAGAAUGCUUCCAGAUAAAGUCAUAAUUCAUUGCAGUGAAAGAAACAUGCACAGGUUAUCACUAGAUGGUGUUGAUGUUAUGGGUGAGCGAUUAGCAGAAGAGGUUGCUGAAGUAGUCAAAAGCAGGCCAGAACUUCAAAAGAUUUCUUUUGUUGCACACUCGGUCGGAGGAUUGGUUGCAAGAUAUGCAAUUGGGAGACUAUACAGUCCCCCUAGGAGGAAAACUAUUGAGGACCCUCUACUUGAUGUCCAUAAUGAUUCUCCUAGUGGAACCAUAUGUGGCCUGGAAGCAAUCAAUUUCAUAACUGUUGCUACACCUCAUCUUGGUUCCAGGGGAAAUAAGCAGGUUCCUUUUCUCUUUGGUGUUACUGCUAUUGAGAAAGUUGCUUCACAUGUUAUUCAUUGGAUAUUUGGAAGAACAGGCAGACAUCUUUUUCUGACUGAUGAUGAUGAAGGAAAGCCUCCAUUGUUGCAGAGGAUGGUGGAUGAUUAUGAUGACCUUUGCUUCAUGUCUGGUCUGCAAGCAUUUAAACGUCGAGUGGUGUAUGCCAAUGUUGGCUAUGAUCAUAUAGUUGGAUGGAGGACGUCAUCUAUCAGACGGAACUCAGAGUUGCCUAAAUGGGAGGGUUCCUUGAGUGAGAACUAUCCACAUAUUGUAUAUGAAGAACAAUCCAAAGGAAGCAUCACUGACGAGUGUGCUGAUCUCUCACUUAUGGAUGGUGACUCUGACAUGUUGGAAGAGAAGCUAGUGAGAGGCCUCACACGCGUGUCAUGGGAAAGAGUGGAUGUCAGCUUCCACGGCAGCAGACUUCGGUAUGCUGCUCACAGUGUCAUUCAGGCCAAGUUUUCCUUCAUGCACUCGGAUGGCGAAGACGUCAUACGACACAUCAUCGAUCACUUUCUUCUUUGAGUGCGAAUGCUUGCUUGUAUUCAUAUGUUGUUGAAUGUUGCAUCAGGAAGGAACAUGAUGUUGUAAUCCUAGCUUGAUUAACAAUAAAAUAUCGAUUAUUUUUUUUGUU